AGUUCGUCCCGCCGCGUAGAUCAAUUCCAACGCCACCGGGUAACGAAACAAAUUACAGCCCAAAACCCUAAUUAGGUUUUGUGAUCGAUGAUAAUCCUCUCCUCUUGCUUUCUUGCUCCAUUCACCAUUAGCGAUCAUGUCUUCUGGCCGUUCAAUUCCAACGCUCGAUAGAAUCAGCGACCUGCCGGACUCAAUUCUCUGCCACAUUCUCUCUUUCCUUCCAACCAAAUUCGCCGCAACCACAACUGUUCUCUCAAAGAGAUGGAAACCCGUAUGGCUCUCCGUCCUAACUCUUACUUUCGAUUACCAAUCAUUCAACGACUUUCACACAUUUCGCGAGUUCGUUUACUCAAUCAUGUUCUCUUUACGAGACAAAAAGACCUCAAUCCAAUCGUUUACCUUGACAUUAGGCCGCUCUUCUCACUUCAAGCAGAGGGAAUUCAAUAGAAUUUUUAAAUUUGUGAUGCAACGAGGAGUCAAGAAUCUUGACUUCAACAUGUCUAAUAAACCGCGUUGUAUCAAAUUACCUCUCGGCAUCCUCGAUUGUAAGAAGCUUCGAGUUCUUAAAUUGGAAAAUGUAAAAAUGUGGGAUUUUGGUCGAAUGGAUUUUCCUUGUCUCCAAACUCUUCAUUUGAAGAGUGUUGAUUUUAAAUCUCCUAAUUAUUUUGUCAAGUUUCUAUAUGGAUGCCCUAUUCUAGAAGAUUUGAAUGCAAAAUCACGUAUCACCCCGAAAUCAAUUGAUCUUAUGGAGAACUUGAAUGCUUUACCUAAUUUGGUUAACGUAAGGAUUUGUUCGAAUAAGGAUAUUCCGAUGACUUUGAUUUGUAAGGCGAGAAUUUUGCAUAUAGAACAGAUAUGGGAGAUGACUUGGAAACCGCUUUCCAUGUUUCACAAUUUGACUCACAUGGAACUUACGUUUUAUCAUAACUUACUGAAGAGAGAGUGCAGGUCGUUGAUAGAAAUACUCCCACAUUUUCUCAGUCUUCAACAUUUUAAAAUUCGGUUGAUAUUUAUGAAUAGUUUGGGUGCAACGUAUAUUUGUUCUGAAUGUUUGAAGGUUUCAGCCAAUUCCACCAUUGCUCCAGAAUGUCUUUCCUCACAGCUUAAAACACUUAGCAUUCAAUGCUCCACGGACUCAGAAGACAUCAACAGCUGUGAGUUCGAAUUUGUAAAAUAUAUUAUGCAACAUUCAAAAGUACUAGAGACCGUGAGAGUCAAGAGUACCUGUCUUGAAAAGAACCGAAUGCUUAUGAAGUUAUCUUCAUGCACAAGAAGCUCUGCAACAUGUAGACUUUUAUUUGGUUGAUGAUGACAGUUAUGUCGUGGUUUUCUUUUGGAAGAAUGUGUAGUGGUUUUUCAUGAAAGAAAUUUUCGGGAGUAAUGUCAUAUACUUUCUCUUAGUGUAAAGAGAGAGAGAAACCAGUCCAUGUAAUCAAAGUUCUACUUUUUAUUUAAUUUAUUGUAUGGUGUAGUCCGGUUGUUGAUUCUAUGAAUACUGGCGAAAUCUAUAACUAUGAUGUAUUUUGAUUGUUAGAUGAUUGCUUGAAACUUGAAAAUGUUUGAUUUUUUGCUUGGUUAUAGGUGUGUUUUGGUGUAUGAACAUUUAAUGUACCUAUUAAAUUUUAUUUAAGGUAAGCCAUUAACAGUGUUUUGGUGUUUAUGUAAGAUGAAGUAUAACAUAAGCUGUUAGAUUACAAAAAUUGAAAUGGUUUUGAAAUUGGUGGUUUGUGAAGUCUUUUAAGUUUUUUUGUUAGGUUGUAAUGUGAAAGGUUGGUGCAGUAUUGUCGGAUGACUGUUACUUACUCAAUUUUGAGUCUUAGGUUGUUGUAAGUGAGAAUAAUUUGAUGAGGAGGGAGGGUAAGGAUAGUCGAAUGUUUUGUUUCUUAUAUGACUGUUGUUGAGUGCUAACUAGUAUUAUGCAUCAUCGGUUCUUUAUGUCAGAAUUUUAUUACUUGGUCAGUGUUUUUAAAAUCUUGUUGUGCACUAAUAUGCUAAAAGGAUUGAUUGAAACAAUUUAUUUGGAUUUUCAUAGCUGUUGUAUGCUAUGUCUUUUUGAUUCUGAACUCUUGAAUCACUUAUAUGCAUUGGCUUUUAGCGCGAGAAGUGUUCAAAUUCAUUAGUUAUUUAAUGUAGUUUUUUCCAUUAGAAUUAAUAGUUAACACUUCAACUGCUACAAAGUCGUUCAUUUUUCGGUGAAUAAAUUUUUUAUGGAUGGAACAUCUAUUAUUGAUAUCUAUAACUGCAAGCAACAUUAGUGAUGUUGCCUUUUAAGGAAACUUUUCAUUCAUAAAGUCAUCAUUGUUAUGCACUAUGUUUUUCAGCUGCUACUUACAUUCCAUACAAAUUCAAUACAGCAGUACAGUUAUGUUCAAGUCACUGGCUCU